CAAGUCUGCACAACCUCUGUAAUGCACUUCCUUGUCUCAGGUUACACACACACACACACAGCGUCAGUGUAGGAAUUUACAGGCUAAGAAGUGUGUCUCCUGUAUGAGCCGCAUGGACGCCCUCACUAUGAGGACUUUGUGAUCCUGUAGUCCAGCUGAAGGCGUACUUCCGGCGGGGGAAGAGGCACACCUUGGGAGACCCCCCCCACCACCACCACCACCACCAUUGUUGUCUGUUUCUGCGUACAAGAACAUUUGAUCUGUCCAUCAUGUCUCGGAAUGAACGGGCCUUCAGGGAGAUCCUGCAAAGACCAGGAAACGACACCUGUGCUGACUGUGGCGCGCCAGAUCCAGACUGGGGUUCCCCCUCGUUGGGCGUCUUCAUCUGUCUGGCCUGUUCCGGGAUCCACCGCAACAUCCCGGAUGUGAGCAAGGUGAAGUCCCUGGGUUUGUCCCACUGGGAAGACCACGAGGUGCAGUUCAUGGCAGAGAACGGUAACGAGGUGAUGAAGAGCAAAUACGAGGCCGCUGUCCCCGUCUACUACUAUAAACCUUCACAUAAAGACUGCCAGGUACUGAAAGAGCAGUGGAUACGAGCAAAGUAUGAGCGUAAGGAAUUCACAGAUCUUGCGAAGACGUUUACGUACGAGGAAGGUACUCGAGACGGUGCCUUGAUGAAGAGAGGGCGGGACAACGGACAGUUCCUCAGUAGGCGAUUUGUCCUGUCGGAGAGGGAAGGGACGCUGAAGUACUUCACCAAAUAUGACGCCAAGGAACCCAAAGCUGUGAUCAAGGUCGACUCCAUCAACGCCACCUUCCAGCCCGAGAAGAUCGGACACCCCAACGGUCUGCAGAUCACGUACCUCAAAGACUACAGCACCCGCAACAUCUUCCUCUACCACGACAACGGCAAGGAAAUUGUAGACUGGUUCAACUCCAUCCGAGCCGUUCAGCUUCACUACAUGAAGGUGGCCUUCCCCGGAGCCACCGACUCAGAGCUGGUACCCAAACUCACCCGCAACUUCCUGAAGGAGGGAUACAUGGAGAAGACGGGGCCCAGGCAAACAGAAGGCUUUAAGAAGCGUUGGUUCACUUUGGACCAGAGACGACUCAUGUACUACAAAGACCCUCUGGACGCCUUCGCCAAAGGCGAGGUGUUUCUGGGCACCAAAGACAACUACAGCGCCUCAGCCGGCCUUCCCGCCGGCACCUACUGCAACGGCGCCUGGCAGCACGGCAUCACCAUCGUCACGCCCGAGCGCUGCUUCCUGUUCACGUGCGAGACGGAGGCCGAGCAGCAGGACUGGCUCAAACACUUCAAUGACGUCAUGAGCGCUCAGAUGUCCCCGCAGGAGUACACCAUGGAGGCUUUGUUCAAGCACCGACACUGACUGACCAGAGGAGGCGCCCCACCCCUCGUCGUCACCAACCAGGACUUCAGUGCAAAGUAUUCCAAAACAUGGUCAGUCAUGUGAGUCAGUCUAAUUGUUAUCAUUAUUGACUGAAAAGUGUCAUACAAACAUCAACAUUUUUUAAUAGUAUUGUCUCUCGUUAGAGUUAAGUAAAGUGGAGGUUUUGUUGGCCAGACGAAGAGGUAGAAAGUCACAUUUGUCAUAGUUUGUCACAUACUGUAUAGACAUACUGUCCUGUUUAUAGGCCGUUCAACGGUGCAUUGGCGUCCUCCAGUGGCUAAUUUAGUCACAACCAAGUCUCACACUAUGUACUUAAACAUGGAAAUAUGUUUUAUUUGACAUUUAUUUUCAUUUUUUUAUUGUUGCCACAGUUAUGUUCAUGUUUUCUAGGGAGUUAUUUUGACCAGAUGUCCUACGGUGACACUCCCAAAAUAGUAAUCAAGUAGUUUCAUAUCUUUCUUACUGUUUUUUUUUUUUUUUUUUUCAAAUAUGGCAUGACAAUAUGAAAAACCUAGAGCUUCCAAUAAUAAAAUGUUUAUUUGGGGA